AUGGACGACGAGGAUGAGCUUGACAUGUCUUUAUCAGAUCAAGAGGAGCGAGACGACCGCGGCGGUGCUGGCUUUCACGCCUUACAAGCCCAGGACAGCGACCAAGCAGUAUGGCUCGCGUGGGAGCUGGGGCGUCAGUUAAAAGACGUCAUGGACCUCCUCGAAAGAAAACUACGCACGUGGGACGACAGCCAAGGGCCAAGCGAUGUAGAGCCCCUUGAACCGUACAAGAAGAAGGCACUGUUAAUGGGCAGAGGUGCGGAGCCCACCCGAGCAACGGCGCUGCAUAUCAUGGUCAGUAACUACGUACUCGACAGCUACGACAAGUUUCCUGACGAGAUCAUAAGGCCCAUGAUCCGCGAUUUCCUCUCAGAGUACCUCGCAUCCUGGGACAAGACCGAGACGGAGGAAGAGAAGAAGGACAAGAGGAAAGAGGAGCCAAUCUUGAAGGUAGCCAUCAAGCUGCGCGACAAUGACGGCUUUGUCCAGCAGAUCAGGGAGUCCUGCCCAACAGAACACCUGGCAGCUCUCCUCGCCGACCAAGACGGCGACGGGCAAAACGCUCUGCACCACAUCUUCACCUGGCCCGACGACAAGCCGAGGAGCAGAACAGAGGCCGACGCCAAAAGAGUCCUGACACGAGCGCAGGAGCUCGUCCCCCUGGCGACGGCCGAAAUGCUGGCUGCCAAGGACAAGGACGGGAACACGCCCAUCCACUAUGCGGCCGACUCCCGACAGUGCCUCUGCCGGGGCGACGACUACGUCGACCUGUUCACGAAGAUGGUGGAAAAAGCUGACACGCUCAUGAAGGCCGACAAAGCCUUCAGCAACAAUGACGAAUCCCCAAUAACAUAUGCGCAACGCAUCUGGCGCCGCCUUCUGGAGAUGAGAAAGCGCGAGAAGAAGGACCGUGACGGGAUCCAAGAAGCACCAGCCACCACCACCAUCAUCACGCCGUCCGCCUUCUCCACGGACCCAAAACGGGUCGCUUUAUCAACGGACUUCAACCCAACAACGUGGAAAGACCCCAAGGACAGCUCGCACUGGAUCGUGAAACUGGGCCGGUCCAACACCGGACUGGAGGGAGGAGGAGGAGGAGGAGGAGAUAGAACCGUCGAUGGCGGCACUGUGUCAUCCAGCAAGAGCAAUAUCAAGAAGACGCUCGAGGGCCGUAACUCUCGUCGCAUGUCGAUAGCUGACGGGACCAAAGAAGGGUUUCUGAGCGACUUGAAAAGGAUGCCACCGCCACCGCCAGUGACCCCAAUGACGUCUCAGAAAAAGCAACCUAUAGAUCUCAAGGGAGCAAAGAAUGUCAUGGUCAAGUCGACUGGCACGGGAAACAACGCAGCAGCCGGUGCUACCAAGAAACAGCCGGGGGCUUACCUGAAGAUCCAGGAGUUUCUCGAGCUGCACUACAUCCGCAAUCGGCCCGACAUGGAAGCCCGCGAUUUGAUCUACGGCAAGGAUGCUUCUGCCUGGACCAUGGCCAGGGCGGCAGCGACAGCCCCGGGACGCGCCCGGAACGGAGGGCUUACGGAGCAAGCACAGGAACCACGCGAGAACCCCAACAUGGGCCGCAGCGACCUGGUCAGCGUGUUUGACAAACUGUCCAAGUGCGGUGUGAAACGCAUCCUCCGGCUGCAGGUCGAUGACCUGAAGCCGCCCGCACACACCGACGCGGCCAUUGAGCUGGCCCUCAAGGGUAUCGAGUCCCUUCAGCUUCCGCAGGGUCGUGAAACCGCCAUCGUUUUCUCCUCGUGGCGUAACCAGGCCCCAGCCGAAGAGAGGCAGAAAUCCCGGGAGCCGAUCCUGGUGGAAAACUGGUGA